UUUUUUUUCGUUAGAACCAUCCUCUCUCUCUCUCUCUCUCUCUCUCGUAAUCUCUUAUCCUCCAAACAAUUUAUCAAGAUAUUUUUUACUUUAACCAGCACACCAAACUGAACCAGCAGGUCAUGGCAUCUUCUGCAACCCAUAUCUCUGUUCUUUAUUUCGCCAACCCAAUACUGCCCAAAAGACCUUCCUCACCUUCCAUGUUAAACCCAAAAGCCAUGGCCAAAGAGCUUCACUUUAACCAAGAUGGUUCAACCACAAAGAAGCUUCAGGCAGGGGUGGACAUGGUGGCUGAACUUGUUGGGGUGACUUUGGGUCCAAAGGGGAGGAAUGUGGUAUUGCAGAACAAGUACGGACCUCCAAAAAUUGUAAAUGAUGGUGAAACUGUUCUCAAAGAGAUUGAAUUGGAGGACCCCUUGGAGAAUGUUGGAGUUAAACUGGUGAGACAAGCUGGUGCCAGAACAAAUGACCUUGCUGGUGAUGGUUCCACUACAUCAAUCAUUCUUGCUCAGGGUCUAAUUGCUGAGGGUUUGAAGGUUAUUGCUGCUGGUAUGAAUCCUGUCCAAAUUGCUUGUGGGAUUGAGAAGACUGCAAAGGCCCUUGUUUCUGAACUGAAAUUAAUGUCCAGAGAGGUUGAAGAUAAUGAGCUUGCAUAUGUUGCUGCAGUUAGUGCGGGAAAUGAUCAUGUGGUGGGAAACAUGAUAGCUGAUGCUCUUCAUCAAGUGGGGAAGAAGGGUGUAGUGACAAUUGAAAAAGGAAAAAGUACCGAGAACAGUCUACAAAUUGUAGAAGGAAUGCAAUUUGAUCGUGGAUAUUUGUCUCCUUACUUUGUAACUGAUCGACAAAAGAUGACAGUGGAGUUCCACAAUUGCAAGUUACUUUUGGUCGACAAAAAAAUCACAAACCCAAAGGAGAUAUUUAAAAUAUUGGACAGUGCAGUUAAAGAGAAGUAUCCAAUUGUGAUAGUUGCAGAGGGCAUUGAGCAGGAAGCUCUGGCUGCAGUAAUUAGAAAUAAACUCAGGGGUGUGCUGAAGGCAGCUGCUAUUAAGGCUCCUGCCUUUGGUGAGCGCAAGAGCCACUACUUAGAUGACAUCGCCAUCUUGACUGGAGGUACAGUAAUCAGAGAUGAGAUAGGUUUGACCCUCGAGAAGGCUGGCAAGGAGGUGUUGGGCUGUGCUACCAAGGUUUUGAUAACCAAGGAUUCUACGUUACUAGUCACAGAUGGGAGCACUUUUGAAGCAGUUGAAAAGCGGGUUUCUCAAAUCCGGGGGCUUGUUGAGAAUACUGAAGAAAAUUUUCAAAAGAAGAUACUGAAUGAAAGAAUAGCUAGGUUAUCAGGGGGAAUUGCCAUUCUUCAGGUAGGAGCGCAAACACAAGUUGAAUUGAAGGAUAAGCAACUCAGGAUUGAAGAUGCUUUGAAUGCAACCAAGUCAGCAAUUGAGGAAGGUGUUGUAGUUGGUGGGGGAUGUUGCCUUUUGAGGCUAUCUACAAAGGUAGAUGGCAUCAAACAACUCUUGGACAAUGAAGAACAGAAGGUUCUUUCUAAUGAUAAUAUUAACUAUGGAUACAACGCUGCAAGAGACUGUUAUGAGGAUUUGAUGAAGGCAGGAAUUAUGGAUCCAUCAAAGGUAGUUAGAUGUUGUUUGGAGCAUGCAGCAUCUGUAGCCAAGAGUUUUCUGACUUCUUCUGCAGUUGUAGUUGACAUCAAGGAACUAGAGCCCAUCCCAAGGAGACCACCAAUGCCAACAUCAGGUCUCAGCCCAAUGAACUUUUAGUUUGGGGGAUGGACUUAUACUCCUAUCCAGCUCUUAAAAUGUUGCGCUCAUUCUAGUCCUUUAUAAAUUUACUCUUUCAAUUCCAUUCUAUUCUUUUAUGAACUCUCAAACAAAGCCUUAUAGGAUUUAUCAAUCAUACAAAGGUUACCUAAAAAUCCCAAUUUACCGAUACAAUGGUGCUGAUGUUCAAUUCAAUUCCUUCAUGCUAAUUUGCCUCGGGGGCCUAAAGAGGGAAUCCAACAAGAUAAGGUGGUUGCCUAAGUUAGCUCACUUUGGAAAGGGAUAUGGUAUGGUACUAGUGAUGUUGCUUUCCUUGAUGGAAGCUAAUUUUUUCUGGUAAUGACAACAGAACCUCAAAGGAUCAAGACAGAAUUUACCUUGAAAUGCAUUACUGGCUAAACAUAUGAUACAUUUGGAAAAGCUAUAAGCUAUUACAAUUUUGUAAA